CAGCAUUCACAAGUGGAGGUGUGUUGUCUGUGCGCUCCUGUGUAGCCGUACAUUCCCGCUUGGGUUCAUUCACUGUUGGUGAUCUUGUCUAAAGAUUUUCUUGCUUAACUGCAAGAACGUUGAAGUGUGCUGCGAGUCCGUCAAAACAUGAAAUUGAAGUAUUGUGGAGGAAAUUGCAAUCAGCUGGUGUUGAGCGGCAGAGGCUACUCUCUCAUGGAACUGCUGCAGGCGUCUGGGGAAUUCUGCAAGGCUCAAUACACGGUACUGCUGCCACACGACUAAACAUACACGCUUCACACGUGCCGCUGUCACCCGCUUGUCCCGGCCAGUGCCCUCCGUCGCCGCUGAGGAACCAUCACAUGGGAGGCUCGUGGCGCCCGCCUUAACAACAUCUGCCCCGGCAUAGCUUAUCAUUCGAAUUACCAAGUCUUCCCCAGCACCAAAACACCCACUCUUGUUCCCCACUCACCCCACUCUUGUUCCCCACUCGCCCCACACUUGUUCUUCUCUUGGUAAAAAUUGUUCUCACUGGUGCAAAUCUUCGGGUGAAUUUUUCUCCGAAGUUCUUCCAAAGCCAUUCAAGAAAAAAGGAAAAAUAAAUACAAGGUCCAUAUACAUCUGAAAACUAGUUGAAGUUGAAAUUUCAGUUAAAGAAAAUUUAUUUGACUAUUAAAGAUUGAUUUUCCAGAAGCAUUGAGUCUUCCUUGGACACACCGCUGAAUUUAAGUGAAGUUUAGGGUUAUUGUGAAGUGACUCUGAAACACCCAUUGCAUUUUCAGUGAGAAGCAAAAAUCUUUGUACACAUUUACUUUGAGAAGAGAAAGUGAAGAGAUUAUUUUAUUGUGUAUGUGAGUCUUGGAGCUUGUGAAGAAGGCAAUAUUUUGAUAGUAUUGUUCAUCUUAAGAUAUAUUAUUGAUCUCUGCAGUGUCUGUUUAUAUACGUGCUUUUCUCGCACUAACUCUUGGUGUCGGCGAAUCAAGUGUUGCACAAUUUGCUUGGUAGCGGAAAGUUUGUGUGCAAGGCUAGAUUGUUUGUGCAUUGUCUUCAGCCAACUAGUGUAUGUUGUAUAGUAACUUAUUUCCAAGCAACAAUUACAUACAGUUUUCUCAAGAGUAAAGAGGUAAAAUAUUUUUCUGAAUUUAGAUAUUGGUGUCUGGAGCCUUGAUUGAAAUAACUUUUGUAAGCCAUUAAGGAAGAGAACGGAAGUUUCUGCAUCUAUUGCGUACCUUUGCAGCCAUAUCCUUAGAACCAUACCACACAGAGGUACCAGCUGUAGCCGUACCCCAGCAAAAGUACCCCUACAGCCGUACCCCAUAUAAGCUGGCGGAGGUUUGUGAGAGUUUCUCCACCAAGGGAGAGACUGGUGGUGGUGCAGAAGGUGCUGCACCAAGUGCAGAAGGAGGCUCAUAUAGCAAGAGACUAAGUGUUGCAGGCUUGUUGAGUGUGAAGAGGAGAGUUUUGGUUGCAGCACAUAGCACAUUUCCUGGUCAAAGGUUCUACAGGCAGAGUUCUGGCCUCAGGAAGAACCUAGUAACUCUCCGUGUGUGCUGUACACUACCAAGUUCUACGUGGUUUAUCCGCUCCAAGAACCAACGUCUGUGCUUUAGAAGGUCUGGUCUUUUCAGACGUCUGGUGAACAAGAACCCGGUCCGUAUUUCUACACGCACAAAAGAACACGCACUGCAAGAGUCCACUCAAUCUCCGCUGUGUGGAGUUCAUGAACUGAGGAAAUCUUUUUCUGAUCCACGCAAGGCUGUAAAUGUUCAAGAGUUUGUUUGCAACACCGUCAAGUUUGGCCACCUGAACAAGAGUGAACAUCACCUCCCGCCUGUCAGAUAAUUCUUCACUGCUGCUCUAGUUUGUCCUUGUUUACUUGAAGUUACCAGGCUACAGUCGCCCUACAGUCUCCAUACAGCUGGCCUACAGUUGGCCUACAGUCGUGAUUCAGUCGCCCCUACAGGCUCUCUACAGUCGCCCUACAAUCAAGGAACUGCUUAACUUCUCUUGGUCCACGCUACCGUAUCCUGUACGAAGCUCUGUCAUUCUCCAUCAAUCCUCUGUCAAGCCCCGUCACCGCUCCAUUUUCCGUAAAAUCAAACAUCAUCUGAGAACUGCGCUGUAAAAUCAAACCACCAUCAUUUGUCGUGAAAUUUCGCUGCGUUGUACAGCCGCCAUGAACGGUGGGGGAAUCACAGCAACCCCGGGGGGUCGGGACAGCAUCUCUAGUGGGGGUGGGGCGCCGCCCCCCCAAGCCUUCGCCCCCCGAGUGGGUAAGAACAUCAGACCGGCCCCCUCAGAGAUUGAGUUCAAGGACAUGAAGUUCCUCAUCACGGACCGUCCCAGCGACGCUACCAUGGUGGCCUACAUCGAGGAGCUGUGCCGGCACUCCGUGAAGGACGUGGUGCGCGUGUGCGAGCCCACCUACCAGACGGACCUGCUCGCCCAGCACGGCAUCACCGUCACCAACCUCGUCUUUGAUGACGGCACCGCCCCGCCUGCCCAGGUAGUGGAGGAGUGGCUGUCACUAGUACGUGCCCGCCGUGCCGUGGGCACGACCGUGGCCGUGCACUGCGUGGCAGGGCUGGGACGCGCCCCUGUGCUGGUGGCGAUCGCCCUCAUGGAGCUGGGCAUGCGGUACGAGGACGCCGUGCAGCACAUCAGGACCAAGCGGCGCGGCGCCAUCAACGCCAAGCAGCUCGCCUACCUCGAGAAGUACAGGCCCAAGGGCAGGCUCAAGAACGGCAAGACUGCCACUGCGUGCUGUGUCCAGUGAAUGAUGUGUGCUGUGGUGCUGUGUGCAGUGAAGGCUGGGUGCUGUGUGCAUUGAGGGCGGGGUGCUGUGGUGCUGUGGUCUGCUACUGCAAUGCGGUGUCCUGUGAAUCAUAUGCUGCUGUGGUGCUGUGAAUAAUGUGGGUGCUUUGGUGUCGGGUAGAGUGAAUAACGUUGUUCUGUGGUGCAGUGAGUGCUGUAUGAUGCCUGUAAUGUGUUGUGUGUGCAGUGACCGCAAGAACGUUUAGAUGCGGUGCAGUGGCGUAUGGGUUCUUCCACAGCAACGACAGGAUUGUAGUGACACGUGUACUGGGAGAUGAGACACAACUGUAGCGCAGUGGUAGCGGCACUGAGAUGAGAGGAGCGAGUCGCGGGUUCGAGCGUCAGAAAGCUCAAUUCAUUUUCUGUAUCACUGUUGGUCAGCGCUUGGUAGCCGUCAAAAGCGGUGCUUGCAGCAUGGCCUUGGGUUGGUGUCUCUGAUUGAACUUUGGGGAUCUUGAGGGGUUAGUGAGUGCAGUAGUGGUGGGAAUUUUUCUUUCUGUCCCCCAACAAACAAUUCCUCCCCCAUUCCCCACCAAUUUCUCCUCCCAUUUCUUAGCAACUCCUUUAUUUCCCCAAAACUUCAUCCCCCUAGACUACUGACGGGGAUGCAAACCUCCCCCUAAGGCCACGUGACGAACUUUGGUUGCUUAUAUUUUUCUGUGACAUUUUCUGUAUUUACUGUCAUUUGGGUUAGGCUUUAGUAAUAACCCUCCCACCCCCCCCAUGUGUGAUGGGGGUGUGGGGGAACUAUGAGGGUUCGAGGCUGGGAGAGAUAACCCCCGCAUGGGGAGGUAUGUGAAGGGUUGUAAAGUUUGCCAGGGUUGAGGGUUGUAAGCUGCUGGAUUAACGAGUGAGGGCUGCUGAAGUUAGUGUCUAGGGAGAGUUGGUAUCGGAGGCUAAAAUAAGAAAGGUUUAGAGUUAAAAAUCGUAGCUUUACAGUGUUCGAAAAUCUAAAUAACUGUGAAAACUUGGCUUUAUGCUCCGGCAUUAAAAUCCAUAGGUUUGAUCUACUCACCCAUCUUGUUUUAAUUUUACAUCGAUAUAAGAGCUUAGGAUUAUCAAAAUGCUGGUAUUUCAACGUGAGUCGUUUUGUACGUCCGUCGCUUUGUUGCUACCAACUACUAUUUAUUUAAAUCUAAAGUUUUUUAUGCAUAAUUGACGUCAAAUUAUUGAGAUCUAUUACUACGAAAACUAAAUAUUGACUACGAAGCUCUCCCUUCUGACUGUCAUAGUUGCCAUAGCAAUGCGGUUGUUAUAGCCGUAGCAACGCGGUCACCAUAGCAACACGGUCACCAUAGCAACACGGUCGCCAUAGCAACACGGUCGACAUAGCAACACGGUCGCCAUAGCAACGCAGUCGCCGUAGCAACGCGGUCGCCAUCUUGAACGCCCAUUGAUGCCAUGUUGUUCGCAGCUGGUUUGCACUAUUUAUCAAUGACCAAAAUUGUUAUUUAUUGUGAUUCCUGAGUCGCUAACGUGUCCUAUUUAUCAUGAGUGUUCUUUUAAAUAUCCAGAUCUUGAGAUAUAAUUUUUCCGGUCCUCAAAUUUGAUAAACAUCUGUUGAUGGUGAAAUAAUUCUGUGUUUUUAUACGAUGACUCGGCAAGAAAUGGGUUGUUUACAUGACACUGAGUAUUUCUAUAAAUGGCUGGCUCCAUUCGAUAUGUUUUACGCCCGAGAAUGAUUUGUCUAGAUGAAUGAUGAGUGAUAAUGAUCAGAGAUGAUUGAUAUGUUCAGGAUGAUAUGGUUUGAUUUGACUCAACAGGCACUAUUCAGCAGUUGAAGCUUACUUUGUAUGAUUCAUUUUUCUGUGUUUCUUCUUGCUGUUACCAUCAUUUGCUAUUAUUUUCUUUCAGUCUGCAUAAAAUAAAAUGACUUGACACCAUCGCGCUGAGAACGAAACUUUAGAGUUUAGUCUCGGGUGCUUCUGUUGCUACGGUGCCAUUUUGAAUAUAUGUUCACUUUGCGUAUGUUUCAUCUUGAGUUUGAAAUGCUCGCGUAGUAUACGCACACGCUGCACAGUUUUCUGUCCGAAUUCUCGUACACGCUAAGUUUUAUCUUUUCUGGGUCAUUUUGUCACCGUUUCUUUAUUUACUGUUUUGGUUGUGAAAUUAUCGUGCCGCUGGCAUGCGAGUUUAUGUUAUUGUGCCGCUGGCAAGCGACUUAAAGCGCUGCUAUUGGUCCAAUAAGCGAGUCCCCACGCGGUCAGCAGCCAAUAGGAGGGAGGUUUGGCUUGUUCAACGGGAACUGAUUCUUCUACUUUGAUGAAACCUAAAUUUACAGGGAGAAAUAGGCUUAAAUAAUGAAUAAAAUUUAAUGACAACUGUCGGGCUACUUCAUUAU